UUGGAUGGACUUGAGUUCGGGACGGUCGCUUUAUUUACAUCGUGGUGGUAUUACAUCACGUGUGUCUGUGUGUUGUGUGUGUUGCGUGUGCCUGUGUGUGGUGGUGCUGGGUGUGGCUGGGCUGUGCUGGCGUCUCACACGUGCUGGUCCUGAAGGAGAUGUGGGUGGUAUUAAGGAUAUAGAAGUCAUAUUGGCGGGGUAAAAUUAAUGAUGGUGAUAUGGCUGUUUUUGUCCCUGUGUUUAUCUGUCUUACGUAAUUGAAUGUUGGUGAAGUGGGGUCCGUUCUGACCUUACCUAAUCUUACCUAGGCAACUGUAAUCUGUUAUAAUCCAAUCGUAUUCAAGAAAACUAGAUCUAUAGUCUUUUCUAACUUAUUCACCAUAGUCCUAUAUGAAUUUGAUACAAUUACUUCACUAAUAAUAUCUACAUAACUGUGUGUGUGUGUGUGUGUAUACGUCCAUCAUGAGGGUGUUAGUUAAAGGCGUGUGGUCACCAUUGCGAGUCUUCCACAAGCUUAAGCCAAGACUCAUGUCCACACUCACCCCAGAGGAACCCGCCCCUGCAGCACCCAUCAGCAGGGUGGCGGGGCAGGGCAAGCACCUCGUCAUCACUGCGGAACAGACCCGGCAGCCCUUGGUGACGGCAGCAACCGUCACGAGGGUCUGGCAGGCAUCUCCCAGUGUGCGGUGUUUGACCCUGGCUGUACAUGACCCCAGGGUGUCCUUCAAGGGGGGACAAUGGGUGGACCUCUUUAUACCUGGGUUGGAGAUAGUGGGUGGGUUCUCCAUGUGCUCACCUCCCCGCCAGCUGGCCCAGGAGGGGACGCUGGAUCUGGGGGUGAAGUACUCCAAGUGGCCGCCUGCCCUGUGGGUGCAUGAGGAGUGCAAGGUGGGCUCAGAAGUCCAUAUUCGAGUUGGGGGUGACUUCCACUACCCUCCAUCACCCCUACCACAGAAGGAGGGGGACCGAGGGUUCAGUCUGCCCCCUUACCCCUUGCUACUAGUUGGGGGUGGGGUGGGAGUGAAUCCGCUGGCCUCCAUGUUAUUCCAGAUCCACUCUCUCCAUCGGCUGGGGGUCCCGGCUGGUGGGGAGGUGGAGGGGGCUCUGCCUGAAGGAACUAAAGGAGCAAUGCUGUAUUCUGCAAGGACGUAUGAAGAGAUUCUGUAUAAGGAGGAGCUGAACAAAGUGGCUGAAGAGAUGAGUAACUUCAGAGUGAGCUAUUUCACCACAAGAGAGGCGCCACCCAACCCAUCCCUAGCCACCCAUGGCCGCAUUACUGCCAGCACACUCUCCCAAGCAGUCUCCUCUCUCAGCGCAUCCCACCCUCCACUCUGCUACCUCUGUGGGCCGCCCUGCAUGUCAGAGGACGUCAGCCGCCACUUGCAGGACGCCGGGGUGCCUAGGGAGCGGAUCCUGUAUGAGAAGUGGUGGUGAUGGUGUGUGUGUGUAGUGUGUGGGUGUAGUAGUAUGAGGAGUUAGGUGUAUGCGGGUAUGUGUUGCCAUGGUGGGAUAGUUGGAGCGAUCUUGUCUUUUGUAUAUAUGAUUUUGUAUGAUUUUGUUGUAAUCUUGCAGUUUAGGUGUGUGUGUGUGUGUGUGUGUGUGUGUGUGUGUGUGUGUGUGUGUGUGUGUGUGUGUGUGUGUUUCUGCCUUUUUAUUUCCUUUUGUCCCUUUUUUCUUCUCUUUUUCUUUUCUUCUUCUUCUUCUUCUUCUUCUUCUUCUUCUUCUUCUUCUUCUUCUUCUUCUUCUUCUUCUUCUUCUUCUUCUUCUUCUUCUUCUUCUUCUUCUUCUUCUUCUUCUUCUUCUUCU